AUGGUCGCGGUCUUCCCGUUUGUCGAUGGCAUUCGGCGCGCCACGUACCUCUCGUCACGGCUGCCCUCGCUCUGCCGCGCCGGCAACGCCACGGGCGCCGUCGUCGCCUUGCAAGAGCUCUCGGAUACAUGGCGUGCACGGGCCGACGACGUCGUCUGGCUGCCGCGCCGCCUCAAGAAGAGUCUUGCGCUGGCCAUCAGCCUCGCCCUUCGGUCGUUCUCGAUUGCUGGCCACGCCACGCUCCACUACCUCUCGGUCGCUCUUCUGCAUGAGCUCAUCUGCACGCACAAUGACAUUCGCGUAUUUGCCUUGGCGAUGGGCGUCCAGCCUCGCGUCGCGGCGCUCCUGGCGGCGACAUCGGAUCUCACGUCCUUCUACGCGCAGCUGCACGCUGUCGACAAGCUCUUGCGGCUCGAGCUCGAGGUCGCCCGCAGUGCGCUCACGGGCAGUGCCGUCGCCGCGCCUGUGGACCUCACCUUCCUCGUCACGAGCAUAUCCGCCCCGGGAGUUGAGCACCUGAUACCGACAGCGGACGCCUUGACGCAGACGAGCCACUUGAUCCCACUACCUGCGAAUGCACGCGGCGUGACGCACGCCAACUGGAAGCCCAAGCUGCGCUUUGCGUACCGCUGCCUCCAGUGCGACUCGCGGCUGCACGUCCACGAGGCCAUCAAGAUUCUCCGCGCGAUCGCGCACCUCAAGCCGCUCGGCUGCGACGUCGCCACCGUGCAGCUCAACCUCGGCGCCGUCUACCUGCACAUUGAGCACCAUGUCGACGAAGCCAUCGCGUGCUUUGAAGCGGCCAUCACACACGACCCGACGCUAUGGAAGGCGUACUACAACUUGGCGAUCGCACUGUUGCAGCGCGGCCGGCUCCUCGAAGGCAAGGACGCGCUCGUCGCUGCCCUUAGCCGGCACCCCUCCGACGGGCGAACCAUCGCAAUGCUCGCCGAAGUCAACGCCGCGCUCUCGAUGGCCGCCAUGCAAGUCGUGGCCUCCGAGCGCGACCGGCAGGCGUUUGCCAACGACGUCUCGGUCGUCGUGUCGUUUCUGCAGGCGCCGCACGCACCGCUCGCCCCAAUUCGAUUUGACGCGGCGGCGACCUACGUUGAUGACGCGAGUGCGCUGGCGGUGCCCGUGACGCAGCCGCUGGCGCCGGGCUGGGACGGUGCAAUCGCCAACCUGCUGCACCGCCUGUAUGUCUUUGCAGCGCUCCGGCGGCAGCACGCGCACGAGCUCUUUCAAAGCGUAUGCGAACCAAACCAGCCCCAAUGGAUCUCGAUCGCGGCUUUGGACUCUCUCUUGGCGACGACGACCGGGAACGGCUUGACAAGCGACGAACGCGCCGAGCUGCUUGUGCUGUUUCCCCACCAGACGAUGAUUCAUGCGCUCUUGCAGCCCAACCGCGCAACCUCCGCGAUCAUCAGCGACGUGCGACGCCUCGGUGCUGCCUACUCGCACCUCUCGUACCCUCGACCUCGCGCCCGAUCGGCGCCCUCCCCCUUUACGCGCUGGCUGGACCUGCCGCUCCUCAAGUGGCUCCAGUCGGUGCCGAGCCUGAAGGCCAAAGCAUCUAGCAUCUACGAUGUGCUCAUCGACCUCGGCCUUUUCAGUGUACUGCAUUUGGCCAAGCGCCAGCCGACGCUCAAGCCGCAGCACCUCAAGCCGAUGGACUUGGCCGACCGCGGGACGCUCAUUUACGAGCUCUUUGGCCUUCGCCGAAGCGUCGAGGUGGCGGCCGGCAGUGUCAUCCAAGGCGCGAUUCGCAUCUUGACGGCCAAGAUCCAUUGCAAGCAACAGAGACAGCUCCAGUGGAUGGCCCGCGAAGACAUCAACGCGCACGACCGGACGCACUCGGUGGCACUCCGCGACCACUUGCGCCACCAAGAGGCCAUGCGCACCGUGUCUGAUGCGCUGCAUAGCGUCCUCGAGGCCAUUUUCACCGACAUUUUUGCCUUGCCGCCGCUGCCCGGAACGCUUCCGUGCAUUCCGCUGCGCACCGAACUCCGUAUGCGCACCAACCUCGCGGCCACGUCCGUCCAGCGCGCGCACCGCGACAGCGCCAAAGACUCGUACCGCCUGACACGAUAG